CAAUCUUAGAGGAAGCUAUAAAUAGUUAGAAGGGGGGUUUUUUAAGUGAGUAUAUACGUGUUUGCCUAAGAGACUAGUUCAUUUCCAGAGAUCUGAACAGUGAGCAGUACUACUUUAAAUUGUUAAUUGUUAUAGUUGUGAGAAGACAGUUUUUCUUCAUACAGAAAAAUGACUCUGACCAUUUCCUGCAGAGCUACUGAUGCUGACAAGCAUGACAAAGAUGUUUCUGAACUUUUGUACCACAAGGGCAAAUUAUAUAGUGGUGGAGAUGAUGGUAAAAUUAAGGUGUGGUCUGCGGAUUUAGUAAAAGAAGCAGAAAUUCAAGCUCAUAUUUUACCAGUGUUUAGUUUGGCCGCUAGCGAAGAUACCUUGUACAGUUGUUCUAGUGAUGGCUCUGUCAAAUGUUUCGACUUAAACACUUUAAAGGAAAAAACCGCUUUGAAAGAAAAUGAAAAAGUUGAAUAUUGGAGAGUGCGAUAUACAAACGGAAACCUUUAUGUAGGAGAUAACGAAGGAAAUGUUUCUGUAUACAAAAACAACCAGUUUUAUGGUUUUGUAAAUGUUGCUGAACCAAUAAAGGACAUGCAAGUUCUGGAACCUUAUGUCUUAACAGUACAGGAUUCAGAUUUGGUUAUCACAGAAUUUAAACUUGGUGGUGAAAGUAUUCAGUGGGCCACCGACUCGAAUAUUCCUGGAAGAGGACCGAUAGCUUUAAUCGGUUCAAAACUGUUUGCUUUGAUUGAUAGGGAUGGAAAAGAGAUUCUUUUGCAUAGCACCAACAAGCAUGCUGAGUUUAAACAACUUGCUAAGAUUGUUCAUGGUUCCGCGGAUGACAGAAUAAUCAACGCUCUGUGCGGUAUACAGUGGGGUGAGCAGAAAUUCCUCUUCAGCGGCGGUUGGGACAAAGUACUCAAAAAAUGGAAAGUGAUCAACGAUCAAGGACUUUCUGAUGAAGGAAGCGUUGAAGUAGAUCUAGUUAUCAAUUCGAUCGCUGCUGGUGAUGACAACCAGGUCUACGCAGCUGGUUCAGACGGUCAUAUUGUUAGAGUACAAGCUUCUUAAAAAGUUUGAGUAUUUCAUACGAUUCGAAAAGUUCUCUUGUGUGUUCAUAGGUUAGUCCCUCUAUUGUAUUACUAAGUUAUUGUUGCUUAUUCUUGCUUAAGUGUAACAUUUUUACUUAUUGAGGGUCAAAAUAAAAUUUUAUAAAAAUUUAAAUGUACUAAGUAUAUUUGUUAAUUUUUUCUUAGUUUGUAUAUAUAUGCUUGUGUCUUUUUGUACCAGUGGUGUGCAAUAAAAAUGUUUUUAAAUAA